AAACUGGUAUAAUUGGGAGGGAACUGCAUGAGAUUGAUCUUUUAUAGUAUAUAGCAAGAAGGGCUAUGGAGAUCAAUGUCGAAAUCAUCACAAGAGAAACCAUAAAACCAUUUUAUCCAGCAGCUCCCCUCAGCAAUAUCAAGCUCUCCCUUAUGGAUCAGUUUUCUCCUGCAGCUUAUGGAUCUAUGGUCCUCUUCUAUUUCUUGAACGGUAGCACCAAUCAACACCUCACGGUUGCUGAGAUCUCUCAGCGACUAAAGACAUCACUGUCUAAAACCCUGACCAGAUUCUACCCACUAGCUGGUAGAAUCAAAGACAACACCAUAAUCGAAUGUAACGAUGAUGGAGCUGUUUUUGUUGAAGCCCGAGUCGAUUUCAGUCUAGAAAAGUUUCUUGAAAAACCUGAAGCUCGAGCUACAAGGAAAUUCAUUCCUGUAGAAACUGAAUCCUCAGAAGCAUAUACAGGUACUUUACUACUUGUUCAAGCCACUUACUUUGCCUGUGGUGGGUUAGCACUCGGCGUAUGCACUUCACACAAGAUAGUUGAUGCAAGCUCAGUUUGCACAUUCAUGAAAGGCUGGGCAGCCACAGCUAUUGGGUCCGGGCAAGAAGCUGAGCUUCCAUUAUUUAAUGCAGCAGCCACCUUUCCACCACAGAAUUAUCUCCCGUUUAAAAGAUCAAGUGUCAACUUGAAGAUAGAUAAAUGCGUUACGAAAAUAUUUGUCUUUGAGGCCUCAAAGAUUGCUAUCCUUCAAACCAAAGCUGCUAGUGAAAGUGUGAAACGGACAACACGAGUUGAAGCUGUGACAGCCCUAAUUUGGAGAUGUGCAACUAAAGCAUCAAGAUCAAAAUCGAAGCAUUCAAAGCCAUCUGUUUUGGCUCAAGCUGUGGAUAUACGCAGACGGAUGGUGCCUGUCAUGCCUGAACACACCUUUGGAAACUUGUUGGGGCACUUUGCCUCAAGGGCAACAGUGAACGACAUAGAAUUGGCAAGCUUGGUUGUUCAGAUGCGGAAGGGAAUGCAAGAUUUUAAUGAAAAUUAUGUAAAGAAACUGCAAACAGGCAAUGCUUUCAUGGCUAUAUGUGAAUCUUCCAAGGAAAUAGGAAGCUUGCUUCAAGGAGAAAAUAUAGACUUCUAUAUAACAACCAGUUUGUGUAGGUAUCCAUUUUAUGGGUUUGAUUUUGGGUGGGGAAAGCCUGACUGGGCGAUUUCUCCAAGGGAUGCUUACAAGAAUAUUAUUGCACUAAUGGACACUAGAGAUGGGGAUGGAAUUGAGGCUUGGGUGACUUUAGCUGCAGAAGACAUGCAAUUUUUUGAACAGGAUCAAGAGCUGCUUAGUUUUGCUUCUUUGAAUCCCGGUAUCUCCAAUCCAUUGAAGCCCAAGAUCACUUACGCUUGAAAAUCUCAGAAUUAAUUUUGUUGUUGGCUCUUUGAUUGCCUGGUUUAAUAUUAUACUCUAUAGAUGCUGUAUUUGUCACUGUUCAAAAACAAAUGCCCCUAUAGUAGAUCACAGCCCUUUCAUCCCACUAACGUUAAAAUUUCAUUA